AUGGCGGGGUGGACCGACUAUGUCCCGCUGGGCAGGAGGAUGCCGGGCACCCGCUUCAUCGCCUUCAAGGUCCCCCUGAAGAAGAGCUUUGAUCACAACCUUCAUCCAGAGGAGAGAUUUUCGCCUCGUGACCUUAUUAAGAAAAUCAAAGAGCAGAAGGAAGAACUGGGCCUGAUCAUUGACCUGACGUACACAACGCGCUACUAUGGGCCGGAGGAGCUCCCAGCCACGCUCUGCUACUCAAAGAUCUUGACGAUGGGACAUGAAAUACCAAACAAGCACACCAUUUUUCAAUUCAAAUGCAUUGUAAAAAAGUUUUUGAGAGACAACAAAGACAAUGAUAAACUCAUCGGAGUUCAUUGCACGCAUGGCUUAAACAGAACUGGCUACCUGGUUUGUAGGUACCUGAUUGAUGUUGAAGGCAUGGAGCCAAAUACUGCAAUAGAGUUGUUCAACAGGGCUCGAGGGCAUCCUAUAGAGAGAACCAACUAUAUCCAAGAUCUUCAGAAGAGAUCGGUAAAAAAGAGCUGCGGACUAAAGAAUUCAGGCUCGGGCCCCUUCAGAGAAAAAGCCGGCGCUACACCAAAUGCUAAAAAUCAGAUGGCCAAACAUCCACAUCGUUCGAACCAAUCCCCCUUAGAGGUGCCCAGAAAUUCCGGCAGCAGCAAGAAGAAUCGCAGGCGAGGCAGCAAGGCGCAGGCACAACACCAGGAGCUGGCGCAGGAGCACGGGGCGACGGAGAAAAGGCGGCCGCGCGAUUCGGCAGCGAGGAACUGUUGGGUUUCGUCGCCCGCUAACGAGCGGUGCGAUGGACUGUGCUUUCCCCCCCAGAACCCCCACCUCUGCCCGCCCCAGCAAACGCAAGCGGCCAGGAAACGCAGGCGCCGGCGUAAGAAACCUGUUGUGACGGCGUAGGGAACGCUGGACGUGGCAAAGCCCAUCCAGGGCUGCAGCUUCACCCCGAGGAGCUCUGCGAUGGGUCUCUCGCCGCUUGAACGAGCGGCUGUGCUGUAACCUCCACCAGCAGUCAGGAACUGCAAAUGCAGGUGUUCUUAACCUUAA